AUGGCAACUGAAGAGGUCUUUACUUUUGGCCCGGUGCCAGCUACCCCUCGACCGAAUGCGACGGGAGCUGAUAUCGGUUUUAUGAUAGUGGCAGCUGCUCAAGUCUACUUCAUGAUCCCCGGGCUGUGCCUCCAUUUCUCUGGUGUUUCGAAACGGGACUUUACGCUCACCUUGGUCCGUCUUCCACUGAUUACCACGGGUGUGGUAGGAUGCGUGUGGUAUCUAUGGGGAUACGCUCUUGCAUUCUCUCCCGCAACAUAUAACUCAGCUGAUCUGCAGGGUGUCUCCUGGUAUGGCGGAGAUACAAGAGCAAAUGCAUAUAUUGACGUUACCGCUCGACCCGUUGGUAUACAAGGUCCUUCUCCAUUGGUUCUGUCGGGACCAAAGAUUCCAGAGAUGGUCUAUGUCUUCUAUCAGGGCAUGUUUGCAUGCUUCACAGCAAGCCUGGUGUCGGCCGGAGCGGCAGGCAAGACUCGUGUCGGUCGAUACCUUCUUUUCAUUACCUUGUGGACAACUCUUGUUUAUUGUCCUGUUGCCCGGUGGACAUGGCAUCCUCUAGGCUGGUCCAAACUCAGGGGAGCAAUGGACUUUGCUGGUGGUACCGCUGUGCACGUCUGUUCUGGUUCCUCAAGGCCGGCAGCCAGCCUGGACCGCGAAACGUCGAGUUUGCCUUAUAGCAUCAACCAUAUGACAUUGGGCACCUGUUUGCUUUGGGUCGGAUGGUUUGGCUUCAACGGCGGUUCGGCCCUUGGGGCGAACCUUCGUGCCGUGUCAGCUUGCUUAGCAACACAGGCUGCUGCCAGCGCAGGAGGCACAAUUGGAUUACUCUUUCACUGGGGGUUGGGCUGGCUUGAUAAGAGGGUAUCGACUGAACCAGACACCUUGAUCCAUAUCCCGUCAAUUCAGGAGUUCUGUGACGGUGUGAUUGCUGGGCUGGUUGCCAUUACUCCCGCUGCCGGAUACGUACCUGUCAAAUAUGCCCCCAUCUUUGGCGUUGUCGGUGCCAUUCUCUGCAAGAUUCUGAGGAUGGUCAUGUAUAGCGUCUUGCCGGCAGAUAAAUUGGCCAUCUUUGCCGUCCAUGCUGGUGGUGGAAUCAUUGGAAUGCUACUUACAGCCUUCUUUGCAGAUGAUGACACUACCGGUCUUGACGGGUAUUCGAGGCUGGUUGACAAAACAAUGGGUGCUAGGUUCCGAGACCAGGCACUGGACGUAACUGCUUGUCUUUUCUACUCAUUCACGAUGACCUUCGCGAUCCGGAUGGUCCUGAAGCUUGUGGAGGUCUUGUGCGGCGCCACAACUCCUCCAUCCAACGACCGGUUUGACCAUUACCCAGACACUUAUGAAGCUCGCCCUCAGUUCAAGCGAAGAAGGUCGCCCGACCAAGUGGUGUGA